GUGAUUAGAAAUGCAGGCAACCAAUAAUACAUUUGACUUUAACCUGAGUAAAAGGGCAAAAGUAUAAACAUGCCAAAAAUUCUCUGUAAUGUUUACACGUUCAAUUUUUCAGAUAUCCCUCAGAUGUAACAGCAGCAGUAGCUCAGCCAAAGAUGUGGCUUCGACUAUUGUCAAUGCGGAGGUUAAAUAUCCAAAAGCAAAGCAGAAGGAUGAUAAAGUGCUUGCCUCAGAGUUGACAACCACCUUUCCAGAGCCUCCGACAACUUGCUGCAUGUCCGGGUGUGCCAACUGUGUCUGGUUAGACUAUGUGGAGAAGCUCUCCGAAUACUACAAGGAUGGUGGAGAGAAGGCUAUGAAGAGGAUCAGUGAGGAAGUAACUGAUGGCAACAUGAGGGCUUUUCUCAUGCACGAACUCAGAAUGAGGAAGAAAAGUUGACAUAUGCUUGUUUCAUAGUCAAGUUAUAAUGUAUAGUCAAAUUGUUA